AUGCGACCAAGUCUCCGCUUACUUGCUGCUCCUGUUACUCCCGCUUUUCGGCCAGGCCAGCGAGCGCAAGCUCUGGCUUUGCUCCCUCCUAUCCCUCUAUAUCGUCGCCUCCUGCGCAUUCACCGCAAGCGUCUCGGCCCUGAAGAACGCGUCUUUGGCGACACGUACCUGAAAGCAGAGUUCCGGAGACACAAGGACAUUGAAAACCCAUUACACAUUGUCGGGUUUCUGACGGAGUGGCAACAGUAUGGCCAGCAACUCGAAGGGGACGAUUGGAAGGAUCAGAGAAUCAACCAGGCAUUGGUGGACAAGAUGAGUGACCAACAAGUCGGGCAGAUGUAUGAGCUUAUGUUGGCGAUUCAAAGGAGAGGAAGGGACAGCGUCGACGAGGAAGAGGAGGGAGACAUUCUGAAUGCCAUCGAGGAGGCCAAAGCCUCGGGGACAAAUAAAGGGUCAUGA